GCGGAAUUGGUUUGUACAGAUUCUGUGUAUUUUUAUAAUGUAUACAUCUUUUAAACAUUAUGUAUUAUUUACGCGGCUCUAUAACCACUUUUCGUUUUAUAUGAGGUGCUUGUUGCCGUAAUUUCCCCUGCAGCUGACGCCUCUUCUCUUCUGUCCACUAUGGGGAAGUUAAUUUUCCAUUUAAUUUUGCAUUUAUACUCUCACAAAUCUGUCUUUUUUUGCUCAAUGCCUUACAGGUUUUGAAAUAUCAUGGGUGUGCAUGGUUUGACCACGUACGUGGAAGGGAACAGAAACUUCCUUCAAGAUGUGAAGUUCAGGGACAGCCGGCUGGUCAUUGACGGCUGCAGCCUGUAUUUCCGCCUGUAUUUCAACCACGGCUUGGACCAGCAGCACGGAGGCGACUAUGACGCCUUCACUCACCUCCUCACCCAGUUCCUCUCUGCUCUGGCAGCUUGUAAUAUUCAGGCAUACGUGGUGCUGGAUGGAGGGAUGGACCCCAGUGAUAAGAAGUUUCCUACACUUCGUCAGCGCCUGCAGGCCAAGAUAAAGGAGGCAGACAGCAUCUCACAUGGCCGCGGCGGCUCUGUCCUUCCGCUCCUCACAAGAGACGUCUUCAUUCAGGUCCUCAUUCAAAUGGGUAUCCCAGUGUUCCAAUGCCCAGCUGAAGCCGACUGGGACAUUGCAUGUCUGGCGCACCACUGGAACUGCCCAGUCUUGACAAACGACAGUGACUUUUAUAUUUUUGACCUUCCAGGUGGUUACCUGCCAAUGCGUUUUUUCCAGUGGACCAAUCUUAAUGGAAAAGCAUCUCACCGCUACAUCUCAGCUCGACACUACACCACUAACAAUCUCUGCCGCUGGUUCGGGGGCAUGAACCGCGAGUUGCUACCUUUAUGUGCAGUUUUGACUGGUAAUGACUAUGGUGCUCCAAGAGAGGUUGAUACACUCCUUGAUUUGAUAGACGUUAGGGGAUUAGGAGGAGGUCGGGGCAGAGGUAGAAGUAAAGCACCUGCUUCUCGUAUUGAAGGCCUCCUCACUUGGCUGUCGUCUUUUUCAAGCGUGGCAGAGGCCCUGGAGGAAGUAAGCAGCCUAAUGGGUGAGGAUAGUGAGAGAGGUAAGAGAGGACAGAGGGGGGGUCUCAGUUCCCAGCUUUGGACAGCUAUACAGGAGUACCACAUCAAAUCUCCGAGUUCUCUUGCUCACUGGUUCGCUGGAGGGAAUGCACCUCUGGGAGGUAAAACAUCUGGUUUGGCACAGCUGCCGGAGUACCUGUCCUUGGCUGCAGCACAAGGGCAGUUGGGUCCCAUGGCUCUUGAUGCUUUGGUGAUGCAGAGGGUUCUUCUCAUCCCACAGGUGGAAAAUAGUAAGCUAGCCAGCACACACUGUACUUCUAGAGCCAUACGUCAGGGUAUAUAUGGGAUUAUACUGCAAAACGUGCACGGCAAUGCACCUCACGGACGAAGCGGAGGCCCACAGUUACAAGGAAUACAAGGAAGUGGAUGCGAAAGAGGGCAAGGAAGACGGGGAAGGGGAGGCAGGGGUCAGUGUCACACUGGACAGCAGGGCGGGAAUGUAGUAUUAAAUAUUGACCAAGCAGCUGGUGUAGCUUCAGUGCAGGCAAAGGGCUUAAGCAUCCCAGUUUUGGUUGAAGAAUAUGAUCGUUUGGACCUGAACUUAAAGAAGAAUCAAGUGGAAGCACAUGCCCCCGGGAACCAUAUAAAUCUGGAGGGACUCUGUCAGGCUCCUGUUGCUGUGCGGCUUGGUGUUCUUUUAGAAAUUCUGGGGGUGAAGGAGCCUGCUCUGGCUCCUGUUCCCCUCCACCUGCAGCUGGCUGUAGCAGUGACAGGGUUUUGGUUGCGAGAGGCCAUACCAACACCCUCGCAGCCUCUGCUGCAGGCUUUGGUGCUCGGCAUGAUUUAUGGAGAGCUGUGCAUAAACAAUCAGCCUGGAGCAGCACACCGCCAACACGCUGGGCAUCAGCUAAACUGGGCCGCAGAACGUAAUGUGUGUGCAGCACUGGAUCGACAACGAGUGAGACCAGGGGAGAGACGAGGAGUGGACAUCGGGGCGGCUCACAAUUUCAGCCAGUGGCAGGCUUGCCUCUGGAGUGCACUGUGUCUCAAUCAGAUAUUGCUGAUGCCACUGCCUCAACCUCAUCUGUCAUGGUUGUUCAGUGGUACCUUGGUACAUGGCUUCUACAAGUAUCUGAAAGGGGGCAGGGUAGCUGAGGCCCUCGUACCUGAAGGAUCCUUGUCUGGACAACUGUACUCCAUCCUGCUGGACGCUGCGAGGGACUGCAGCAUCAAGGCAAAUCAGUCUGCUGCAGGAUCAGGGAAGAAAAAGAGAGGCAGAGGACGAGGGAGGAGAGGACGAGCAGGAAGCAGAAGAGGAGCUCAGGGUGGGGGAAGAGACACAGAGGAGAUUAACAAUAGGUUUGCUCUCCUUAUGAGUGAGGAGGAAGAGUAUGAUUGACAACGUGGAGGGGAAAAAUGAAGUGGAUGUGGUGGAAUUGAUUUUUGUGCAAGAAAAGUAAUUCACAAAACAUCAGCAAGACCAAAUCUGUGAUUCUCAGGGAACGCUGCAGCAUUAUUUUUUAAGUGGAUUAUGACACUUUUUAAUGUUUACAAUUGUGUAAUAUGCUAAUUUAAUGUCUUACGUGUUUACAUGUUACUUUAAAACUCAUCUUAAUGCAUUUCAUGUCAGCUUAAAUCAGAUUGUGAUCAGCUUUUCUAAAGCACAAUUUUAAUCAAUUUUAACAGGUUUCUCACCUCAAUGUAUUCUCCCUCAUCAGUUGUAUUCAGUCAUGCAUCCACAUUUAGUUUUCAACUGCCAAAUAUAGUUAUGUGGCAGCUAAUGUCAAUAAGAAAUGUAUGAAAUCCUAUUCACUGCUUAGUUUCAGAGAUUAUGGUGGUCUUCAAAUGUUUAAUCUUUCUAUAAGAAAAACAAAAAAUAAAAUCAAAAUCAAACUUUU